CUUAUCCACUGCGUUUGCUUCAACAGCACAUUGAAAACAGGAAAUCUCGAGCACAAAAGCGAUUCUCGCGACGAAACAACCGAGCGUCUCUCAGAGAAGUGUCGAUAUGAAGGCAAUAAGUCCCGCGAGGUCUUUCCGGAAAAAUAACGCGAAUAUGACGGAGCACAGUCUGGGAAUCACACGGAGCAAGACCCCCGUGGACGAUCCCCUCAGCCUGCUCUACAACAUGAACGACUGCUACUCCAAACUGAAGGAACUGGUGCCUAGUAUCCCGCAGAACAAAAACGUGAGCAAAAUGGAAAUCCUGCAACAUGUCAUCGAUUAUAUCCUGGACCUGCAGAUUGCACUUGACUCGAAUUCGGCGAUAACCAGUCUCCAUCUCCCGCGUGCGGGGCAGGGGGCAUCCAGAACACCCCUGACAACGCUGAACACAGACAUCAGCAUCCUCUCAUUACAGACACCGGAGUUUCAGUCAGACUUUGUCACAGAGGACAGCAGGACACUUUACCGUUAAUCAGGUGUUUGGUUAAGACACAAGAACACACAGGACCUGGGAACUGACUUUUCCUCCAAUUUCUGUUCUCGGUCUGGACUUUUUUUCUUUCCUGUAAUUGAAUCAAGAGACUUUUUUGCUUCUAAAAGGACAAUCCAGUUGAUGUGUUAUAAGUUUGGACGUUGAUUAUUUAUCUUCUAAAAAGACUUAUUUGGUCCUUUCUUCAAGAGGAAGAAGCACUAUAUUCCCCGAAAAUACGAGGGGAAACAAAUGAAAAUGACCACAAGGAACCUUUUCUCUACAGUGAGAAGAAGUCUUACUUUUUUCUUUUUUGUGAAGACUGUGUGAAUAGGAGAAGACGUGGUUAGUUACUGUACAAAGUUUAAGUCCGUUUCUUUUUUUGUCAAUUCUUUUGGCACAUGAAGGACUGGACAUUUGAAAAUAACAUGAUGAUAACUGUGUGAAAACUCCCUCGAAGAGUUUUAUCUUGUAUAGUUGCAGAAAUUGGACUGUCAGUAUCUGCAAAGUGUUAAAAUGUAUGCUGAGACUUUUUAUAAAAGUAAUAUUGUAAAUCGUACCUUUUUUCAUACAAAAUAAAUCAAAUGCUUUAUUUGA